AAUGAUGCUGAGAAGUCUUUGGAGAUCACCAGUCUUUUCAUUUUCAUAUUAUGCUAACUUAGAUCUUAGUUGCCCUUAUCCAUCAUUUUAAGUAAAUUAAUAUAGAAACAAACUAAUAGUCUAGAGAUCUUACAACUACUCAUACUAUGCACUAUAUUACUAAACCUCCUUGUGAUCCUAAAAUCAUGACAUUCGGAGCCUUCCAUACAGAUCAUUUAUUAGAGAUUGAUUGGUCAGAGAAAAUGGGGUAGAUAAUUAAAUUAUAUUUUCAAUUAGUUGGAGCAGACCUUAGAUUGUCCCAUUCAAAAGUUUCAGUAUUCAUCCAUUUUCUGCUUGUUUACAUUAUGCUAUUGAGUGUUUUGAAGGUGCAAAAGUAAUUGAAUCUAAUAAUAUUUAAAGGCCUAUAGAGGACCUAAUAAUUCAAUCAGAACAUUUAGAUUAAAUUGUAAUAUGUAUAGAAUGAAACAAUCUGCUAAGAGAUUAUCAUUACCAGAUUUUGAUGGUGCAGAAUUAGAAAGAUGCAUUGAAUAAUUAUUAAAAGUAGAUAGAGAUUGGAUUCCGGAUAGACCUGGAUUUAGUUGUUAUAUUAGACCAACAUUGAUGGCAACAGAAGAGGCAUUAGGAGUAAGAGCAUCAAGUAGAGCAAAAUUAUUUGUUGCAUUAUGUCCUGUAGGUCCUUAUUUCCCAUCUGGUUUAAAACCUGUUAGAGUAUUUUGUAAUACAUCAACAGUAAAAUAUCUAUUUAAAAUAUUAGAUUCGAUCAGCUCCUGGAGGAGUAGGAGGAUACAAAGUUGCUGGUAAUUAUGCACCAACAGUUUUGCCAUUGAAGGAAGUUUAAAAGAUUGGAUUUCAUUAAAAUUUAUGGAUGUUACCAGAUGGUUUAGUAUAAGAAAUGGGAGUUUGUAAUUUGUUCUUCUUUUGGAAAAAUAAGUAAGGUGAAAAAGAAUUAGUUACACCAAUUCUAGAUGGAACUAUCUUACCAGGAAUUUUAAGAGAUUCAAUUUUAGUAUAUUAUAUGGAAAUAAUAUUUAGGAACUUACAAGAAAUAUGGGAAAGUUUAAGGUUACUGAAAAGAAACUCUAUAUUUAAGAGGUUGUAGAAGCAAUAGAAGAAGGGAGAGUAUUAUAAUUAGUAUAAAUAUUUUAGAUGAUUGAAAUGUUUGGAUCUGGAACAGCUGUUAGUAUUUAACCUAUUGAGGCUAUUGGAUAUAAUGAUAAAAUCUAUGAAUUAUAAUAUGAUUCAAAAUUGAAUGCAGGAGAACUUUCACAUGAAUUAUUUGAUAUUUUAACAAAGAUUUAGGUAAAAUAUAAUUAAUAUUUUUAGACUGGUGGUGAAGAGCAUAAAUGGGUUAGAUCAAUAUGAU